CGAGAAGUUGCAGAGGGAAGAUUAAAGUUUCAGAGAAAAAUAACACUGAGCACAUUCUCUCAAAUCUUUUUAGGGUUUCAAAUUUCGAUUUAUGCUCUCAAUUUUUCAACUCAGGGUUUUGUGAAUGGUAAAAAUGGGUCUUCAGGAGGAGACAUGCAAUGGUGAAGAAACAGAGUGUGGGGAGGAGAUUAAGUGCUUCAGGAGUGAACCAGUGGGUAAUGGGUGUGGAUAUGAAUGUAUGAAUGAUUCUGGUGAUGGAAAUUCUGGAGCAAGUGAGAGUUUUCGAACAUAUAAGAGGCGCAAACAGUUAAGUUUGUGUUCAAAGAUCAGAGUGCAAGAUGGCAGUAAAGCAUCAUCAGACCAGGUCACACUUCCUGGGACUGAUCAUUGUGCUUCUUUAAAUGAAAAGAACUAUCUUUUACAAAGGAAGUGGAGAAAUGUUGUAUUGGAGCACAUGCAUCAGUUAUUAAGUGGUGAUGAAGGUGGUAUACAGCGUUGCAUUCAAGAUGCACUUUUAUUUCAUCGAGAAAAUGGUUGUAAUGUGACAUUUAAGGAUUCUGAGGAGCUGGAGGCUGUUAUAUCUAACAGUUCUUCAAAGGAGUCAAAACCUCAAACCACCACUGAGAUUUGUCAGCGUGUUUUCUUUGAAAUUAUAAUUUCUGAAAAAUUCAAAUCCUUGUGCAAGCUUCUAUUUGACAAUUUCCAAGGGAUCAAGUUUGAUAGAUUCUUUCACUUAAGUCUCAUGAACUCAAGGAUGAAAGGUGGAGCUUAUGAGCAAUCGCCUAUGCUUUUCUCAUCAGACAUUCAGCAGGUAUGGAGAAAACUUGAAGAGAUAGGAACUGAAAUUGCAUCCCUUGCAAAGAACCUCUCAAACAUAUCAAGCACUUCUUAUCAUGAAAAAAUUGGCUGUUCUGGUGUUGCUGUCGAAGAAGAGAAACGUGAGUUCUGUACUCAGGAGUCGGAACCUCUUGUUAAAUUAGAGCAAACUGAAACUUGUGGUAUGUAUAAAGUUUGCACUUGCAGGCGUUGUGGGGAGAAAACAGAUGGGAAGGAUUGUUUAGUUUGUGGUUCAUGUGAGGUAAUGUACCACGUUGCCUGUAUUAAGUGUGCUGUGAAGGAGUUUCCUUUGAAAAGUUGGUAUUGUGCCUGCUGUACGGAAAAGGGAAUAGGAUCUCCGCAUGAGGACUGUGUGGUAUGUGAGAGACUGAAUGCCCCAGAGAAUCUCAACAAAGAUGCCGCUGAUGAAAAUCAUAAUGCGCACUGUGAAACAUUUACUGAACUGGGAGAAAAUUCAAACCGUACCAUCGACCAGGGGCUAUUGCAACAAGAGAACAAAACCCAACAUGAUUGUAAAAUUUGCGGAAGUGCUGUUCAACAAGGUGAAGAGUUAAGGAGUUGUGAGCAUCCCUACUGCCCCCAGAAAUAUUAUCACGUGAGGUGCCUGACGACGAAACAGUUAAAAUCAUAUUAUUCCCUUUGGUACUGUCCUUCUUGUCUGUGUAGAACUUGCCUCAUCGACAAAGAUGAUGAUAAGAUUGUUUUAUGUGACGGCUGUGAUGCUGCAUACCACAUUUAUUGCAUGAAACCACCGAAAACUUCAGUACCCAAAGGGAAAUGGUUUUGCAGAAAAUGUGAAGCUGGGAUCCAGCAAAUACGCAAAGCUAAAAGGGCGUAUCACAACCAGGAAAAUAAACUAAAAAGGAAAGGCAUAGGCGGCAAACUGGCAUGUGAUAAUCAGGAAACAAGUCGAAAUCAGAAAAACGAAGAGGAGUCAGAUAAAAGUAGAGGUGGGGUGGACAUGCUUCUAACUGCUGCCAGUACUCUACAUUUGGAGGAGAAGUUGAAUGCUAUUCAGAUGAAGACAUAGAAAGAGCCUUUCACUUGGAGGACAUAACAAGAUUCAGAGUUCAUGGUGUAAUUCUUAUGCCUUUUUACAGGUAUCUCCAAAUGACAACUUAUUUUCAUUUCAUUUUUUCUGCAGGGAAACGGAUAUCUUGGUAUGCUGUAGAACUUAAUUACAUUUUGCUGUCAUUUGGUACAUAGCUGUGAUGUAGAUGAUAUCGAUUAUUUUUUCUUCUGCUUUGGCACUACCAAAUACCAUGUGUACUUUUCGUUGGGAUCGGGGAAAAAGGUUAGAUCUCUUUGGUUCUGAAAAUCUUCCACUAACAGGGGAUUGAUGAAAGCAAAAUGUUAGAUUUGUACUAUGAGAACUACAUAGUUUAGAGAGGGAUUAUCUGAAGCAAAAGUUGUAUAAUUGUGUAGAAAACUCUGACCGAACAACCUGUUUUUGUUUAUGAAAAUUCAAAGGAUAAUGUUCUUUUUCUUU